AAUCACUCUAUAUAUUAUUUUUUAUUUUUAUAGUCUAAAUUACUAGAUAAGUUGCUAUAUGGAUUUGAUUUAUAAUUUAAAUUGUUCGUUGGUUGUUUCAGUAAUUAUUUUGUGUAUUCCCGUAUAAAUAAAUAAAUAAAAACUUUCAAAGAAACCCCUCUUUUCUAUUAAUUUAAUUAUUGGAAAAGAUAAAUUAUGAUAAGUUUUGUUGUGAAUUCUAAAGAUGAGACGUCAGAAUCAAUUGCUUUGCUUUGCCGUUAUUUGUUGUAUGGUAUUUGGUUACUUGAGUCUCAACAAUAUAUAAAACGGUCAAAAGUCCAACUUGGACAGCUACUAAUUUAUUCCCUUUUUCUCGAAUAAGUUUAUAUUUUUAUAUUAGACCUAGCCAUAAUUGACCAAGAUUUUGCAUGAUUUCAUCAAAUAAAAUAAAAAUAAACAAUUCCAUCAAAAUAAAGAGAAUAAUAAAAUAAACAAAAGCCCAAGCCCAUGUCUUUGACUUUCUAGAAGCUCUCUUCAAAUAUAUAUGUAUACAUAUUUAUUUUCAUAAUUGACAGAAAAAUAAGCCAUUGUUCACAACUACCAAAACCACCAGCUCCACCAACUCCGUAAGCCAUUGCCGCUUUCUCUUCCAAUACCCAAUACCUUUCUCUUUCGGCCAAAAACCUUCAUCUGGGUCUUCUCAAAAUGCCUCCUUUUGAAGGUUUAGCUUCUCCUCCGUACAGUUCAGAGUCUAACAUAGUCACCAUUGAUGUGGGUGGCCAGCUCUUUCAGACAACAAAGCAAACCCUUGCUCUCGCCGGACCCAACUCCCUCUUCGGUAGAAUCUCCGAUUCAUCUUCUCGGCAAGGUGUUCCGUUCGUUGAUCGAGACCCCGACUUGUUUUCCGUUCUACUUUCGCUUCUCCGAACUGGCAAUCUUCCGUCUAAAGCCAAAGCUUUCGAUGUCCAAGACCUAAUAUUCGAAUCCCAAUUCUAUGGUAUCGAUAACCUUUUGGUCAAUUCAGUAUCGAACCCGUCUCAGUUUGAAGCCUUUAAUCUCGAGAAAUCCAUGGUUUUGGCCUUGAACGGCCGUGAUUCUCCCUCAGUCAUCGCCUCAACACCGUUCGGAUCGCUCCACGUGGCUCACGGCAGCAAGAUCACGUCUUUCGAUUGGUCUCUGAGGAAGAAAAAUACCAUCCUGACUCAAUUCACGGCAGUCGAUUCUAUGCUGGCGAUUUCUCCGUCGGUGGUGGCCGCCGGAGCUACGGAUUUCUCAGGGCUCCAGAUUCUCGAUCUCGAAAAUGGGUUCGUGAAACAUAGUUUGAAUUGGGAGAAUGUGACUCGGUCUAGCUCAACGGUUCAAGCAAUUGGUUCUUCUCCUGAGUUACUUUUCGUUAGUUUCGAAUCGGGUCGUAGGAACUCGAAUUCAAUUAUGGUUUAUGAUUUGAAUACCUUGAGUCCAGUUACUGAGAUUGGUCAUUGUGAGAUUUAUGGUGCGGAGCUCAACUCAGCUAUUCCAUCGACAAAGUUGAGUUGGGUUCAGGGUAGGAAUUUGUUAAUGGCUUCUGGGUCUCAUAGUGGCCCUUCAGGAGUUUCAGGGGACAUAAAGUUUUGGGAUAUUCGUUCUGGUAAUGUGAUUUGGGAUCUGAAAGAGAGCGUUGAUUGCUUCUCAGAUAUCACAGUUUCAGAUGACUUGUCUGCUAUGUUCAAGGUGGGUGUGAAUUCAGGUGAAGUGUUCUUUUCUGAUUUGAGAAACUUAGGAGCUGAGAAUCCAUGGGUUUGUCUUGGGGACAAGAGAAGAGGAUUUAUUAAUGGGAAGAAGGAAGGCGUUGGUUACAAGAUUGAAAGCCAUGGAAGUCAAGUGUUUUGCAGCAAAGGAGGAGAUAUUGAGCUCUGGUCAGAAAUAGCUAUGAGCUCUAAAAAGAGAAUUGAAGAAGAUGGGUUGGAAGAGAGAGUGUUUAGGAAGAAUUUGAUGGGGAAAGUGAAGGACAUGGGUGGUAACAAGAUAACCAAUUUGGGAUUUGGAGGGAACAAAAUGUUUGUCACCAGAAAAGACCAACAAACUGUUGAGGUUUGGCAAAGUUCAUCUAGAGGAUUUUGAUCGUAUUAAUAAAGCUUAAUUUUAUUUUAUUUUUUUUUAAUCAAACAAUUUGUAAAUACACUUCUUUUGUUUGACAAUGAUAUUGUGAUACGAUUCAUUAUAAAUUAAUUUUUUUAAUAUAA